UUGUAUAAAAGCAGCUCCGGGACAGCUGCAGCCUGCAGACAUCAGAACAAGAUCGACAAGAGAUCCCGAAUAUCCAGCGACUUCACAAAGAACUAAGAACGAGCGUAUCCACAGUCAAGCAAACAAAAUGGUCUCAGCAAAAGGCACCGCCAUUGGCAUCGACCUGGGCACCACAUACUCCUGCGUGGGUGUUUUCCAGCAUGGCAAAGUGGAGAUCAUUGCCAAUGACCAGGGUAACAGGACCACACCCAGCUACGUGGCAUUCACAGACACUGAGAGGCUCAUUGGCGACGCCGCUAAGAACCAGGUGGCGUUGAACCCCAGUAACACAGUGUUUGAUGCCAAGCGACUGAUUGGAAGGCGGUUUGAUGAUCCGGUGGUACAAUCGGACAGGAAGCACUGGCCCUUCAAGGUAGUCGCCGAUGGAGGGAAGCCCAAAAUCCAGGUGCAAUACAAAGGGGAGGAAAAGGCUUUCAAUCCCGAAGAAAUUUCCUCCAUGGUGCUGGUGAAAAUGAAGGAGACGGCUGAAGCUUACCUUGGUCAGCAGGUGUCGAGCGCCGUGGUCACAGUCCCUGCCUACUUUAACGAUUCCCAGCGUCAGGCCACCAAAGACGCUGGUGUCAUUGCCGGACUGAACAUUCUGAGGAUCAUCAAUGAACCCACGGCGGCUGCCAUCGCCUAUGGUCUGGACAAACACCAGUCGGGAGAACGCAACGUUCUCAUCUUUGACCUGGGUGGCGGCACUUUUGACGUGUCCAUCCUGACCAUCGACGGUGGCAUUUUUGAAGUUAAAGCCACCGCUGGAGACACACAUCUGGGCGGAGAAGACUUUGACAACCGCAUGGUGGAGCACUUUGUGGCCGAAUUCAAAAGGAAGCAUAAGAAGGACAUCGGCCAGAACAAAAGGGCUCUGAGGAGACUGCGCACCGCCUGCGAGAGGGCCAAGAGAACACUGUCCUCCAGCUCCCAGGCCAACAUCGAGAUAGACUCUCUCUUUGAGGGCAUCGACUUCUACACCUCCAUCACCAGAGCUCGCUUUGAGGAGCUUUGCUCUGACCUGUUCAGGGGAACUCUAGAGCCGGUAGAGAAAGCCCUGAAAGACGCCAAGAUGGACAAGGGCCAGAUCCAUGAUAUAGUCCUCGUCGGUGGCUCCACACGGAUCCCCAGAAUCCAGAAGCUCCUGCAGGACUUCUUCAAUGGCAGGGAGCUGAACAAGAGCAUCAACCCCGACGAGGCGGUGGCUUACGGCGCUGCUGUCCAGGCUGCCAUCCUGACGGGGGACACCUCAGGCAAUGUCCAGGACCUGCUUCUGCUGGAUGUGGCGCCUCUGUCGCUUGGCAUUGAGACUGCCGGAGGAGUUAUGACGCCACUCAUCAAACGCAACACUACCAUCCCCACCAAACAGACGCAGAUCUUCAGUACAUACUCUGACAACCAGCCCGGUGUUCUCAUCCAGGUCUUAGAAGGCGAGAGAGCCAUGACCAAGGACAACAACCUGCUGGGAAAAUUCGAGCUGAGCGGAAUCCCACCAGCUCCGCGAGGCGUACCACAAAUUGAGGUCACCUUCGACGUGGACGCCAACGGCAUCCUCAACGUGUCGGCGGUGGACAAAAGCACCGGCAAGGAAAACAAGAUCACUAUCACCAAUGACAAAGGCCGUCUGAGCAAAGAGGAAAUAGAAAAGAUGGUGGACGACGCCCAAAAGUACAAAGCUGAGGACGACCAGCAGCGGGACAAAAUCGCCGCCAAGAACACGCUGGAGUCAUAUGUCUUUACCGUAAAGAGCAGCCUGCAGGAUGAGAAGGUGGCGGCCAAGUUGUCCGAGGAGGACAAAAAAACACUAAUGGACAAGUGUGAGCAGACACUCAGCUGGCUGGAGAGCAACCAGCUGGCCGACAAAGAUGAGUUCCAGGACAAGCAAAAGGAGCUGGAACGUGUCUCUCAGCCAAUUAUCAGCAAAUUGUACCAGGGGGCGGGACCCACGCAAAGCUGCAGUAGUCAGGCCCGGGCUGCUCAGGCCGGUGCCCAGGGGCCCACCAUUGAAGAAGUGGACUGAAGACAUUUGUAUUGUCUCAGAGCCUAAGACACAUUUAAAAUUAAUACUGUAUAUAUGGUAUGAGAAUAAGCUAUUUCAAAUGUUUAAAGUCAUCAUGUUUUAAUUUUGUCAUAUUUGCAAUAAACUGAUUUCAUCAAUUCUGUAAAAGUCUUGACGUGUGUCCAUUCAACAACAGUAACCUUGAGCCAAUGUUUGACUAUUUUUUUCAACAAGAGCUACAGUGCCUUGCAAAAGUAUUCGGCCCCCUUGAAUCCUGCAACCUUUCGCCACA